CUAUAAUGCCCACAAUACGCCGUUGCUGUAUAGUGGGCUGCAAUUCCAAUUCCCGUCAAAGUCCUAAUAUGCAAUUUUUUGCAUUUCCACGCCCAGAUAAUCCAUUUCACAAACUCUGGAAGGAGGCGUGCCACGCAUCGCUCCGUCGUAUUUUGCCCUUCAAGAAGCCUGUUGUCUGCGCCCUACACUUCGAUCAAAGCUGCCUAGGCGGACGACGUUUACAAUCGAACGCCCUACCCACGCUGAGGUUGGAGGUGCCCUCAAAUCUGGAAGCUAUUGAAGCACAAGCCAUGGUGGAGGAGAUCGAGCGCAGUCGCAAGUGUGCAUUCAUAAAUGCCGUGGUGUACGAGUGGCUCGUACGUGCCAACAUCAAUCCACAGCUGAGGGGCAGCAUCACACAUGGCAUGAUUAAGGAAAAGGCUGAGAAUGCACGUCAGGUGAUCGGCAGCACUUCAUUCAUGGCGGACAAUCGUUGGCUGAAUCGCUUUCGCGAGACACAUCUACAAGGUUUUGCACAAAAACUGGCCGGCAAUCAGCUAAAGCCGAUGGGCACAUCACUUUGGAUACCCGAUAUUGUUCAGGAUCUGUCGCAUUUGUUCCCGCCGGCCAGUGCCGAGCGCGUUGCCAAAUUGGAGGAUAUGCCCGAGCAGUAUAUGACAUAUAUGCAACAAUAUGGCGAAUACGAGGAAGACGAGGAUAGCAUGGAUAUGAAGGAGCAGAGCUAUCAGGAGCAACAACAGCAAACACACUACGCACUGCAACAGCAACAACAACAGCAGCAACAACAGCAACACAUGCAACAACAACAUCAAUUGAGUGCAGGCUGGCCGCCUUACGGACAUCCCCCUCCGGUGCCACAUCCGCAUCCCGGCUUCAAUGGCUUCAAUGACUUUUACUUUGAGCGUCAUCAGCAGCAAUUGCAGCAACAACAGCUGCAUCAUCAUCAGCAGCAACAGCACAUGCAACCUUAUCCACCGCUUCACGGAAUGCCACCUCGUCAUCCGUCCUUAACACCGCCACAGCAGCGUGAACCAUUCCAGACACAGUUACCACCGAAUGUGCCCCCGCCGCUACCUCAACGUCUCAGUCCUUUCCAGGCCGUGCAGUUACCCAAACGUCCCAAAAUCGAGUCUCCCGAUGAUGAUGAAGUGCAAGAAAUCAAUGCUUCCGCCACUCGCAUAUCGCCGCUGCCCUUAGCUGAAUCCACCCUAGCCAUACCCGAUGUUAACGAGAAUAUAACGCCAAGUAGUCCGAGUUUAAAACAAAAUCAGGAGCAGAACAACAACAGCAAUGGGUCACCAAGCGGUCGUGACAGUGCCAGUAGCAAAGAAAAUAUGGAAAAAAAAAAUGGUGGUCCCAGUGGCAAGUCGACGCCUGCGCUCUCACACAACAACGGUCAGAAUUCCCCCGCGCCCACACCCUCCUGCAAUUCUACACCUGCGUCCCCUAAGAAAAGCAUCAAUGGCUGUGGCAAUAACAAUGCAAUAAAUGGUAAUGGCAGCGCUAGCAGUUCUGGUAGCCAAACUAAUGGACACACCUCUCCAGAGCCCAACGGUAUGCCCAGUGCUUUCAAGGAACUUGACACAUACACACAAGCACUAGAAUACCUCAAACCGUUAGAGGAUUUUGUGCUAUUCAAGGAAAACUUCCGUGCGAUUGGUUUGCUCUCACAGCUGGAAUUGGUGCUGCGGAAAGGGGACAAGGCUACACUGAUCGAGGGUUAAGCGAGCCAAGCUUCCAGCCCGCCCACACAUCCAAUGACAAAAACACAAAUGUGAUUAAAUUGAGCAGUGUAUAUGUAUAUACAGAUAUAUGUGAAAUAGUAAAAUACUGAUAUUUGUACCUAGCGUUAAUUUUCGCUUAAGUCAUCGAAUUAAUGUUUUCCAACUGCUAUGAAACUGUAAAACGUUCUAUUAUUAUUUAUUAUUUUAAUUUAAGCCACAUUUUC